CUUCUCACUCCCCCGCUGCCUUCUUUCUCAACCGCCACAUCAACAGCUCUCACGCCAUGAACCUCGCCUAUCUCCAAUUUCAGAACACUCCUAUGUAUGCUUCGUUGAUUUCGACCCGCCCUUCGCGCGGGGCCCAGAGCUGAGUUGGUGUGGGACGCUUCGACUGUCUCCACGGCGGUGUCUUCGGUCGGGGUCAUGGCGGCGUCUUUGGCGGUGGCCGUUCGAGUUUGAGGCUCGAUGGACAAGAGGGUCUCGCAUGCACCCGGGCACCAUCAUCAUAUCCCCAGAUGCCGAAGACAGCCGCCGCCACCUACAAAUUACGGCCCAAAGCCAAAGCGAGACGGGUCGGUCAGACAGAAUGCGCCAUACAUCAUUCAGGGGUGCGAACAGGAGCUCGCGGUUAUCAAACCAGGGGUUCUAGAGCCGCCGAACCCUCCCCCGAACUUGAACCGACAUUGACAUGCACGCAUUUCGAGAAAUUCGGCCUUGCCGCAUCACAACUCGAUGGACGCAUUCCACCUUCAUCACGGCGAAUAAAAUCACGUCAUCCGGUUAAGCUGCGUUCGUCGACACGCUCGCAUAUCUUACCGACCGAUUCUUGUUCAGCCAAGAUCUUCCCAUGGUUCGAAAUUACUUUACCGCUCAACACACAACUCGUCUCGUAUUGUCCGCUGUCUCGGCGCGUGAUUCAGUCGGGGCAGCUCACAGGGCGGGCACGCUGCGGAAAAUCCUUCAAUGCCGCGGCAAGCCCGCUCCCCCACACCCAAUCGCAUUCGCAUGGCCAAUUUCAAUGAGGCGCACGCGACAUAUACCGAUGAGGAACAAUCGCCGUCGUGUGGCUCAGGCCGACAAGCGUAGCGGCGAGAGGUGGGACAGUAGAGGAGGGACAGAAGGAGAGACAAGAGGAGGGACAGCGCAGGU